UUCUUUGUAGUUCAUCUGAAACUGGAAGAAAGAGGAGAAUGGAUAUGGGCAACCAACAUCCAUCCAUAAAACGGUUGCAUGAAAUACAGAAAGAAGUCAAAGAGAUCGAACAACAAGUUGUCAUCUUCAGUGGCUUGUCUACUGACAAAGAUUAUAAGAGACUAGAAAGGACUCUUACUAAACAGCUUUUUGAAAUAGAUUCCGUAGAUACUGAAGGAAAAGGAGAUAUUCAGCAAGCCAGAAAGCGUGCGGCUCAGGAAACGGAGAGGCUACUCAAGGAACUGGAACAAAAUGCAAACCAUCCCCACAGACUGGAAAUAGAGGCUAUAUUCAAGGAAGCACAGUUGCUUGUGGAACGUGAGAUUACACCUUUUUACAAAGGAGGCAACUGUAUAAGUGAUGAAUUUGAAGAAGGUAUUCAGGACGUUAUAUUGAGGCUUACUCAGGUGAAAACUGGAGGGAAAAUUUCUUUACGCAAAGCAAGAUAUCGCACUCUGACGAAAGUAUGCGCUGUUCAGGAGAUUAUAGAAAGCUGUGUAAAGCAACAGCUGUCCCUACCACUCUCUAAUGAUGCACAUCCUUCUGUCUCCAAAAUUAACUCUGUAAUGUGUGAUGUGAACAAAGCUAGAGGAACUCUUAUUGCACUUCUAAUGGGAGUUAAUAGCAAUGAUACCUGCAGGCAUUUAUCCUGCGUGCUCACAGGCUUGAUUGCUGAUUUGGAUGCUUUAGAUGUCUGUGGUCGCACAGAAAUAAGGAACUACAGAAAGGAAGUAGUCGAAGAGAUCAAUAAACUGCAGAAAUAUCUGGACUUGGAGGAGGAAGCAAAUUCUACUCAUGCUUAUGACCUGGCACAAAAUCAGUCCAUUCUAAAAAUAGAAGAAAUCCGCAAGAAAAUGAAGGAAGUUAAUUCUUUACUUUUAAAAACAGAGAAUGCUUCUGACUUGUAUUUGGGAUCCAAGGCAGAACUGCAAGGAUUAAUUGCCCAAUUAGAUGAAGUCAGUCCAGGGAAAAACCCCUGUAUUAGAGAAGCCAGGAGAAGAGCAGUAAUAGAAGUGCAAACUCUGAUAACGUAUAUUGAUUUAAAGGAAGCGCUUGAAAAAAGGCAAAUGUAUCCUGAGCAAACUGCUGCUGAACAUCAAUCUGAUGGAAACAGAAAGGACAAAAAUUACAUGAGACUGGAAGAGCUUCUUACAAAGCAACUUCUAGCACUCGAUGCUGUUGAUCCACAAGGUGAUGAGCGGGUUAAGGCUGCCAGAAAGCAAGCAGUGAAGCUUGCACAGAACAUUCUUUACUAUCUGGAUAUGAAAACAGAUGAAUGGGAGUACUGAAACAGCCAUAGUCUAACAGAAAAUACCUUUUUUUUUUCCUUUGGUGCUUUCUGCAGACUGAUAGUUCAAUUGGCAGCACGUGAUUAAAAGUGAUGUGUUGUAUGUUUGCUUAAAUCAUGGCAAUUGCAUAAGAAGUUGACUUGGCUAUAUGUCUGCUAUCCCACGCGCUCACCCACUUGCCAUGGCAACUGUCAGUACACCAUCAGCAAUUCUGGUCAUUGCUGUCAAGCAAAGAAAUGUGAUCCUCUGAAGGAAUGGCUUAAUACCUGGUCGAAUGGGCUUUUUUCCCUGUUUUUGUUGUGAUAAUCUUGUGCAAUGUUUAGAGAGUGCAGCUUUUUCAAAGGUGCAGAAACUGCCUUAUGGUAUAGGACUGGCAAAACUACUUCAAGAAGACUGGGCAUAAAAAUUAGCGCUUAAGCAUGAGGAUCUAUCCAGCAAGUUCAUAGCAGUCUGGAUAUACUCUUAAUGUGCUGUUAUGAUGGAAAGUAUUAAAUGCAAAAAACUGCUGGCUUUUGAGUCAUACUUGAUUUAUUCCAUCCAGCAUACCUUUAUGGGUGUUUAGAUUUCUUACCUAGCAGAACUAUAAUGCCAACUGCAAAUUAGCAUUUACAUAGGCAAAACCAAUUAGGUCUGUUUUUGUAAUAUCUGACCCGUUCUGUUUGCAAAUGCAGGGUUUUUUCCUUCUGUUGGUGGAAACUUCCCUCAAAUUCUUGCUUUGAGGUAAAUGAGACUUGGAGAGGAAAAUCUGUGCACAUACACUGAUUAGAUAAAUGGGAUUUGUAGGGUUUCAUACUGCUCUCCAUAAACCCCUGAAAAAUGCACUGAACUUUCUUUAGUGGCUACUUAGGGUCUUUUUAAACUCUGCUGUUAGAUUUGCUUUUGACUAGUCUUUUUCACAUUUGGUAAAAAUAGAAGUCACGCUGAAAUGAAUGAGCAUUUCAGAAUUAUUUUUGUAAAAUUAGGUAGCUAUAGAGGUGUCCCUAAUGAUUUAAAUGUGUAUUAUGUAUUUCAUAUCGGUCAGGUGUGGCUUCAAGCAUGACUUGGAAAAGACCUGUGGCAUAUAUCUCUCUUUGCAACUCAUUGCUUAAUGGUUUUAGUAACUUAGUAAAUAAGCUUGCUUAUACUGCUCUAGGAGCCUCCCUUAUUAUUUGUAGCUGCUAGCAUCAGUGACAUUUCUACAGUAGCAUGUGUUUUGGCAUUUUUGAGAGCAUGGCAUUAAAAUUAAAUGGAUCAAUAUUUAAUUAUGGAUAUUUUGCACUUAGUUCUUUCAUGUUGAAUUUGUAAAUUAUUGUUCUGUAGAUGAUUAUUUGCACCACUGUAAGGAGUAUAAACAAUUUUGGAUGUUAAAUUAAAACUAUUUUUAGAUAUAUUUUUAACUCCUUAGAGAAGACGAUACUCCUGUGAGAGACAAGUGCCUUUAUGACACCUUUGACUUGUACCAUCGUAUGUAGACAUAGGAACUGCUGACUGGCAGCUUGAUGGAGCUGUAAUCUUUACCCACUAGAUUUAUCCUAUAUCUCAUUCCACUAUAAUAUAUGUUAAGUUAACAUAAUACAAUAGGUGACAGUUGUUCUCUGGAGACUCGAUAGUGAGUCACCAAUUUGGGAAAUACAGAUUCUGUUUGAAAAUGGAUGUGUUGAUAUGGAGAUUAGGGAGUGUGGGCAGGUCUUUCUGUGCCUAUUACUACAAGAAGGGGAGAAUGAUAUUUACUCCAUAACAUGCUUUCAGAUGUUGAUGCAAGGCUGUGUAACUUCAGAGCAUGGAAAUAUUUUGUUUGUGACUGUACAGGUGAUUUCUUGGCAAUUCAGUUGACAAAAACAAUCUUUUUUUUUUUUUUUCCAAUUAAGUACAGUACCUAAGGCACAAUUUGGCAAUGUCAGAAGAUUUGUUGGAGGAUUCUUUAGAGACAUGACCCUGUUGAAUUUGUCUGUCUUUACUUAAAAAAUCAUUUCUUCUAGGUAAAAUUCUUAUCUAUAUUUACAUAUUGUGUGGUUAACACAGAUGAUUAAUGAUGUUACACACCUAAAUUAUUUUACUCAUUUCAAGCUUUCCUACAUGUUUGAACUGCAACUUCUAAUGUAUACCUAAAUUUUUAGGAAAUUUAAGAAUUUAAUAAUGUGAUAAUAUUAUUCACUUUAAUCUUACUGUCAGGUCUGCAGUGAUUUAAAGUGGUAGAUUGUUUAACAAUUAUUUUAGUAUCUGUGUUCUUUGGAGGUUAUGUGAAACUUUAGAAAUUUUUGAAACUCUUAUGUAAAGAUGAGUAAGUAUAGUUUUAAGAUCUAUUCUAUUUUAAAUUUGUGUAUUUUUUUAGCUUUUCUGAACCCAUAGUUAAGCCUGCAUUUCUAAAGAGGCAGAUGUGUAAGGUUAGUGUAAUUUCGAUUAACUUAAUAGAGUUCAGUAGCAGUAUCUUGUUGCAGAUUAAGCUUUUUUCCAUCUUUCUGCAGUCUAAUCAAUUCAGCAUUUAAAAUUUGUGGUAAAAUCCUCAUCUGGAAUGGGAUUAAUUUGCAGUUUUUGCAUGAAUGAAAAUAGUAAACUAAAUAUGCUAAACCAAAAAAUGCAGAUAUUUUGAGAAAUCUUGCUUUUGUGCUGAAUGUAAUUUCUCUGUUUUGUAUCCAAAGACUGAGGGACACGCAACUCUUUUCUUUCUGAUAUGGUAGGCUAAAAUAGUCAGCAAAAUGUAAAUGGACCAAAUUGCAGAAGCCUGCAUUUUAGUACUAGAAUGAAAGAUAUAUUAACUUUUGUGUGCUGCGUAAUCUACCUUGGAGCAAAAGAAAUGAGUGGAUAUUUUUGAGAGAGGUAAUUGUACGUCAUGAUUUUUUUGUUAAUUGUAUUGCUUUUUGAAGUAGUUUACUUAUUUUAGGGUUAAUUUUUAUUGUUUACCACUCAAAAUGUUCUUUCUGUUAUAGUGUGGUUAUUAAGUAUGGUUCCUGUUUUUUCAACUUAUUGGAAAUUAUUGUAUGUGCUCUUUAUGGCAUAUAUGUCUUGAUUUAUUGCUGUGUAUGAUACGUAUUUGUAUAUACAAACUCAAGAUUAAAUAUUGCAGUGUUAUAGUCCUGAUUAUUAAUAAAAAAUGUUAUUACCUUGUACUAGGUAUUCAUUUGAA